CAGUUAUGUAAUUGUUGAUACUAUUUUUAUUUACAUCCUAGUGUACUCGCACUUUUUUAUAAUUUCGUUUUAUCCUUUUGUAAGUGCUAUUUGGGAAUCUACCUUCCAUUAUGUCCUUAAUUCGACAAACGUUAAAACACUUCGCUCGUAUUAACGGUAUAUUGGCUAAGCGAUUGCUGUCUCUAGAUAAUGCAAACGUUCAAAAUCGAUAUAAUAAUUCUACUUCAACGGAUGAUCCGUCACAAUUUCCUGGUGCAAAAGCACCCUUCGUUUCGAAUUUAAAAUUGAUUGAGCAUACUGACUAUGACGCUAUUCCUAUUUACCGGGUCAUGGACAGUGACGGAUACAUUUCCGACGAUUCGCAGGAUCCCCAGUUAAGUAAGGAAGUUGUACAAAAAAUGUUCAAUGAUAUGGUCCAACUUAACACUAUGGAUAAAAUUCUAUACGAGUCUCAACGCCAGGGCCGUAUAUCGUUCUACAUGACGAAUUUUGGCGAAGAAGCAUCGCAUAUUGGAAGUGCAGCUGCUUUAGAAAUGCGUGAUUUGAUAUAUGGCCAAUACAGGGAAGCUGGAGUAUUAGUUUGGCGUGGUUUUCGCAUCGAUCAAUUCAUUGAUCAAUGCUAUGGUAACUGUGAUGAUGACGGCCGUGGCAAACAGAUGCCAGUACAUUAUGGAAGCAAGGAAUUAAAUUUUGUGACCAUCUCUAGCCCAUUGUCAACUCAAAUGCCACAAGCUGUUGGUGCUGCAUAUGCUAUGAAGUUACGUCCCAAUAAUGAUGCUUGUGUAGUAUGUUAUUUCGGAGAAGGUGCAGCAUCUGAAGGUGAUGCGCAUGCCGCUUUUAACUUUGCAGCAACGCUACAAUGUCCAGUUAUUAUGUUCUGCCGAAACAAUGGAUUUGCAAUAUCUACUCCUUCGCACGAACAAUACAAAGGAGAUGGAAUCGCAGCUCGUGCUCAUGGUUAUGGCAUGGCAACCAUUCGCGUCGACGGCACAGACGUCUUCGCUGUUUACAACGCUAUGAAAUUGGCUCGUAAAUAUGUACUUCGUGAAAACAAACCAGUUGUUUUUGAGGCCAUGGCAUACCGAGUUGGCCACCAUUCGACAUCAGACGAUAGCACCGCUUAUAGAUCUGCUGAUGAAAUCGAAGUAUGGAAUUCAAAAGAACAUCCUUUAUCCAAACUAAAGAGCUACAUGGUUCGCAAAGGAUGGUUUAAUGAAAAUGAUGAAAAAGAGUUUGUAAAAGACGUACGGAAAAAAGUUUUGAAACAAAUUAAUGUAUCAGAAAAAAAACUUAAACCUAACUGGAAAGAAAUGUUCGAAGGCGUUUACUCUGAAAUACCUGCGCAUUUGAAGGAACAAAUGAAGGAGUUGGAGUCUCACAUCAAUACACAUAGGAACCACUAUCCUGUAAAAAACUUUCAAGAGUAAGAUUUCACUAUGAUACAAACUUUCUUCGCUUUAAAACGCUGUAAAAUAGUUUUAAAAUUCGUAAACUCAAAUCUUUGUCUUAACUUGUGAUAAUCAAAGUGCAUUUAUUAGUUUUAAGAAAUAAUAUUGAGUAAUAAUAUAUUGUAUCAUGUUUGCAUGAUAUUAUUAGUUUUAAGAAAUUAAUCCGAAAACUUCCCUAUAUGUCAACAAAAACACAUUGCCACUGAAAUUAUUGAGUAAUAAUAUAUUGUAUCAUGUUUGUAAAAGUUUUAAAAUAAAUCUUGGUUUAUCUGUUAUAAAAUAUAA